AACUUUAACUCCAGAGAGAGAGAGAGCCACCAUUUAAGACAAUACACAUGCGUGCUUCAUAAGCCAUUUCCAUUCAAUCCCAAACCCUAGAUCUCUUCACUCUCAACUAUUCACUCUUCCAAACAUACCCUUUUCAGAUCUGUACAAUUCCUCAUUCUGGGUUGAUCCCAAGAUUUCAUUUUGGUUUAACUUGGAUCUAAAUUUAUGUUCUUGUUUUAGUUGGCUAUGGCAAUGCCAUCCGGGAAUGUGGUUUUGUCCGAUAACAAAAUGCAGUUCCCUGAUGAGCGAGAUGGGUUUAUUUUUUGGUUGAGGAGUGAGUUCGCCGCUGCUAAUGCUAUAAUUGACGCUCUUUGUCAGCAUUUGCGUUCAGUUGGUGAGGGUGGAGAGUAUGAUGUAGUUUUGAAUUACAUUCAGAACAGGAGGUCUAAUUGGUCCCAAGUGCUCCAUAUGCAGCAGUAUUUUUCUGUUGGGGAUGUGUUGUUUGCUUUGCAACAAGUGACUUGGAAAAAACAAUCGAGGUUCUUUGAUCCAUUCACCUAUAACAAGAAUAGUAAGAGAUCUAGUGGCUUUGUUAAGAAGGAUGUGUAUAAUUCUAGUGUGGAUAAGGAUAAUCAUUCCGUUGAUGCAAAUUCUUCAGCUUUGGAUAGUAAUUAUAAGAAAGGUAAUUGCUUUUUGGAUAAUUUGGCUAUGGCAAUGCCAUCCGGGAAUGUGGUUUUGUCCGAUAACAAAAUGCAGUUCCCUGAUGAGCGAGAUGGGUUUAUUUUUUGGUUGAGGAGUGAGUUCGCCGCUGCUAAUGCUAUAAUUGACGCUCUUUGUCAGCAUUUGCGUUCAGUUGGUGAGGGUGGAGAGUAUGAUGUAGUUUUGAAUUACAUUCAGAACAGGAGGUCUAAUUGGUCCCAAGUGCUCCAUAUGCAGCAGUAUUUUUCUGUUGGGGAUGUGUUGUUUGCUUUGCAACAAGUGACUUGGAAAAAACAAUCGAGGUUCUUUGAUCCAUUCACCUAUAACAAGAAUAGUAAGAGAUCUAGUGGCUUUGUUAAGAAGGAUGUGUAUAAUUCUAGUGUGGAUAAGGAUAAUCAUUCCGUUGAUGCAAAUUCUUCAGCUUUGGAUAGUAAUUAUAAGAAAGAUGCUGUUACAAAAGCUGCUGAAGAUGGCAGCUCAACGAAUUUAGGGGAUUCAGAAAUGACUAAAUCUGGCAAUUUGGAUCCUAAAGCUGAGGCAUCAGAUGAUGGAUGCACCCCAAGCCCUAAAGAGAGUGACUCACAUUCCGUUCAAAAUCAGAAUGAGAAGCAGAAUCUCACUGCAGCUCCAAAAACUUUUGUUGGUUCAGAGAUGUUUGAUGGGAAGACGGUUAAUGUGGUUGAUGGACUGAAAUUAUAUGAAGAACUAUGUGCUAAUUCAGAAGUUUCAAAGCUUGUUUCAAUGGUUAAUGAUUUAAGAGCUGCAGGGAAAAGAGGUCAAAUUCAAGGUCAAGCAUAUGUGGUCUCAAAGAGGCCAAUGAAGGGACAUGGAAGAGAGAUGAUUCAAUUGGGCCUCCCAAUUGCAGAUGCACCUCCAGAAGAUGAAAAUGCAGUGGGGACCUCUAAAUAUCGGAGAAUAGAACCCAUUCCUGCCUUGCUGCAAGAUGUUAUUGAACGCUUAGUUGGCAUGCAAAUUAUGACAGUAAAGCCAGAUUCAUGCAUCAUUGAUGUCUAUAAUGAGGGUGAUCACUCACAGCCUCACAUUUGGCCACAUUGGUUUGGACGGCCAGUUAGCACCCUUUUCCUGACAGAAUGUGAAAUGACUUUUGGCAGAAUGAUUGGAGCAGACCAUCCUGGAGAUUAUAAAGGCGCUCUUAAGCUUUCUCUUGCUCCUGGAUCUCUGCUUGUGAUGCAAGGAAAAUCUGCAGAUUUUGCUAAACAUGCAAUUCCUUCCAUCCGAAAACAACGCAUACUUAUUACUUUCACCAAGUCUCAACCAAAGAAAUUUACCGCAAGUGAUAGUCAGCGUCUUCCUUCAUCUGCAUUAGCCCCGUUGCCGCACUGGGGUCCACCACCCAGUAGAUCCCCAAAUCCUAUUCGCCAGCCUGUUGGCCCCAAGCAUUAUACCCCAGUUCCAACAACUGGUGUAUUGCCAGCUCCAAUUCGGACACAAAUUCCUCCACCAAAUGGUGUUCAGCCCCUUUUUGUUACCACCCCAGUUGCCCAAGGAAUGCCUUUCCCAGCACCGGUCCCCAUUCCAGCUGGAUCAACUGGAUGGGCUGCAGCUCCACCAAGGCAUCCUCCUGCUCCUCGCCUUCCUGUUCCUGGCACCGGAGUUUUCCUUCCUCCACCAGGCUCAGCUAGUUUAUCAUCUCAUCAACAACUAUCAACAACUGCACCCGAGAUGAACUCAACCACAGAAAUGGCUUCCCUGCCAGAUAGAGAAAAUGGUGUUGAGAAAUCCAACCAUCAUAAUGCUUCUCCAAAGGAGAAGCUAGAUGCAAAAACACAAGGACAAGACUGCAACGGAAGUGACGAUGGAACUGGUGGCAUUAAAGCUGCAAUGAAGGAAGAACAUCAAAAUGUUGACGGUACUGUGGCAAGCAAGACAGCAAGUACAGUAUAAAGAACAAAGAGAGAGAGAGAGAGUAAUAUGUUUGCGGAAAGGUGAGGGGAAACGGAGUAGGCUGCGAACUUCAAUGAGUUUGAAGCAAAUGUAAAGAGCGGCGAAAUUCAUGACUUUUGAGAUUUCAUACUUGUAUGGAGGACACAAAGGGGAGGAGGAACUGCGAACUGCAAAGUUUUCCUUGCAAAUCCUUCCCUUGUAGUUCUCUAUUCCGUUUUUGUUGUCUUAUUAUAUUAAAACUCUUACACUUGUUGGAACAAGUCAUUCUUAAUUUAGAUGUGCCUCUUCUUUCA